AUUAUUGUUAACAUAUAAUUUAAAAAAAUAAAUGUAAAAAUGGAUAUGAAUAAAAUAUGUCGGGUAUGCUUGAGGGAAGAUCAAGACAUGCUAUUGAUAUUUGAAGAAAAGUAUACAAAUAAUGUUGAAGCAAAUCUUAGUAUAGCAGCAAUGUUAUCAGAAAUAACAAUUUAUAAGGUACAACGUUUCGAUGAAUUACCCCAUUUAAUCUGUAGUGGUUGUUUUUUGGCUACACAAAAUGCAUUUGCUUUUAAACGCAGUUGUGAAAAGUCUUACCGGCAGCUUGUCACAUUGUUAGGCAAUAAUGAACUCAAUCUCAAUUCUAAUAUCGACGGAAACAGACUUGAUAAUAGCACUCAAACAGUCGACACCUGCUUGUACCCAUGUGAACGGUGCGAUGAGAAGUUUUUCACAUUUUACGAGCUAAAAAGUCAUAGAGACAAAGAACAUAAAGGCAGUGAUAUCAUUUGUCGAUAUUGUUCAAAGAGAUUUAAUCGUAUUGGAUAUUUGAAAACGCAUAUUGCUAUAUUUCAUCCGGAGAUUGGCUUAAGGUCUCAUCUCCAAUGUCACAUAUGCAAACGUCAAUUUACACGAAGUCAACAUCUAAAACGGCAUUUAGCUUUACUACAUAAGUACAGUGAAGAGAAAUGCGAUCUGAAGGAUGAAAAUACGAUAGAAGAAAGUACGUUGGAUAAAAAAAUUUUAAUGGAAGAGGAAAAUUUUGAUAGCAAAUUAUUCUAUCCUGGGUUUAAUGAUCAAACUGAAGACAAAAAUUUUGAAUCCGGUAGUGAUAAUGAAAAUAUAGAUUCACAAACUGAUGUUUCAAAUCUAUUACUUCCAAAAAGUGAAGAUGAAGAUAAAAAACUAGUAACGGAAUUUUUUAAUAAAAACCCUUCAAGCGGUUUUACGGAAGUGUUGUUAAAUAAUACAUUUGGAGAAUAUAAUUUAACAGAAAAUACGAUAGAUCCUACAGAAAUAAAAUCUGAAAAACUUCAGCCAACAAUUGAAAAUAGUUUAGAUGCAUUAGAUUUGCCUAUAAAACGUAGACGUGGGCGUCCACGAAGAAAAAGUAAUACUGCUACUACCACCACCACCACUAGUCCUAUUAACGAUAAAAAAUAUAAAUGUAGUGAGUGUGACAAACGAUUUUCACAUGAGAGCAACUUAAAACGUCAUAAACUGAACCAUGAGAUACGCUGCAAAAUUUGUUCACUGAACUUUUCUAGUCCAGAUAACUUGACAGAUCACAUUCAAGCUACGCAUAAUGCAACAAAACUAUUGAAUUGUGAAAACUGUGAUGAAAUAUUUACACGUGAUGAUCAAUUAAAAGAACAUUAUAAAACUAAACAUAAAGAAAAAACACACAAAUGUGAUAAAUGUAACAAAACUUUCAGGACAAAACCAUUUCUACAACGGCAUCUUGCAACACAUGGUAAUAAACGUUAUGUUUGCAAGGAAUGCUUACAGGAUUUUAGUAGUAAGGAUGACUUGAAUUCCCAUAUAAAGAUGGCAGGUCAUGAUAAGCCAUUAUUAUGUCCAGAGUGUGGUUUACGUUGCAAAACAAGUACUAUACUCCUAGUGCAUAUGAGACGUCAUACCGGAGAAAAACCGUUUAAAUGUAAAUUUUGCAGUAAAGGUUUUCCACGUAUGGAUGAUUUACGGGUACAUGAAAGAUACCAUACAGGUGAAAAAUCUCAUUUUUGUGAGACGUGCGGUAAAGGAUUUCAAAGAAAAUACAAUUUAACAAUUCACCUACGAGUGCACACUGGUGAAAAACCCUACAAAUGUCCACAUUGUCAGCAAGCCUUUGCACAAGGGAAUGACCUAAAAGCGCAUAUAAGACGUCACACAGGAGAAAGAUUUCGUUGUGAUAUUUGUGGUGGUGCUUUUCUUCAAGGCUAUCAAAUCCGUCAACAUAAGUUAGCUGAACAUGGUAUAAAAGAUAUUCCUCCAACACAACGUGUUGCAAAAUUUACAUCACGCGAAGCACAAGAGAAACAAAUACAACAAAAUUUACAAAAAGAACUUCAGGAAGCCGAGGCUAUGAGUGGUAGCACAACAGAGAGUACAAAACUACAAUUAGACAGUUCCAGCUAAUUGAAAAUAAGACCUAAUAGAAAUUUAUAAUAUUAAUCAUUACUGAAGCUUUAAAUACCAGUGUAUAUACUAACAUUAAUUAAAUAUGACUCUACUUUAAUUUUUGGCAUACUUUCAAUUAUAGUACAAUAAUUAAAUAUACUAUUCAAUAAGCGAAUCUUACAAAUGGUUGCUUAUUUCUCUAUGUGAUGUAAAGAAAAUCACAACAGAAUAGUAGAAAAUUAAGUUUUUGAUAUCUGUUGAUUAUGACCAACUGGAUUAACGACUGUAUCCUAAAGUUAAAUUUGAAUUACCACAUACUCACAUACAAUUUGUAACCUGUUAUAGUGACACAUGGAUGUAUGGUUUAUCGGUUAUUACGCCCGUAGUUUAAUAAUAUUUUAGCACUGGUUAUCCAUAUGCUACAAUAGUUUAUAUAUAUUAACAAAAAUUCAAAAAGGUCGAACGAAAGUUUAUCAUCAUUGAGGUCAAGUCCGAGAACUUAGAGUGUAUGUAUUCAAAAUGUAAUAACCAAACAAAAUUUACGAAUUAUUUUUCACAGUGGAGAAAUAAUUAUGUGCAGAAUAUGUAAAAUUGAUAUCUACAAAUUUAUUUUUUAAAAUACACAA